AUGACGGAGACGGAACAGCGUGUUUGGGACGAAAUUGUCAAGAAAAAUCCCCUGAAAUGGACGGAGGAGAACAAUUUCAACGAGGACAAGGACAAUGCUCCACAAGUAGAUCUUCGAGAUACCAGCAAUCCACAGACUGUCGACUCAAAGACGUCCACCAAAGAGGCAUUGCAAGAUACUACAGAGGAGGAGCCAGAACCGGCACAAUCAACGCAGACCACUACUGAGCUAAUAUUCGUCCACAACGGGGUUCCCGCAAGCGAUUUGAUGUCUGCAUUAAGCAAAAUAGAAGCGGACGACUUGCCACGUGAAGACGGCCUGGUUUGCAAGGCAAAGACAGAGAAAGAAUUGCUUGACGAACUGGAGGCGCAGGCUAGAGAGGCAAAAGCUAAGAGGGGCGAUGCUACGACUCAGGCAUCAACUUCCACCGCUGCAACACCAGCGACUUCAAGCACACCUUCAACUAGCACACAAGAUCUUAUAGAGCUUAGUGACCUUUCCUGCGUGAUAUGUGGCGAGCCUGGAAGGAGGUGCCAGGGAUGUCAGCUAGUGACUUACUGCUCAAAGGAUUACCAGAGGAAGGACUGGAAGAAUUAUAAGAGAGAAUGCAAGGGGAAGUCAAAGGCAAUGGAUCCAUCAAACUGGCUCGUACAGCAUGUUAGUAGCGAUCAACUCCACGCUAGAGUGCCUUACGGGAGCUCCAUCUUUAUUCAAUGUUAUUCAUCGCGAGACAACUAUAUUCUUACACGCAACUUUGGAUACCCAACACCCGCCUAUUGGGCCUGUAUAAUUGGAAUACGCAAUGAGAGCGAGCUUGUACGCGUCGACAUAAAAUACAAUGGCCACCGAGGCUUCACCGACACCCAUACUAUCUGCGCACAGAAUCGGCGGUCCUCACUUUUGCGACAAGACUCGGGGCGCAACUCACCAGCGACGUACGACAGAAGAUUUGUGGAAGAGUUUCGUUCAGAGCCCAAGAAAUACGAUGGGGACAGUUCAGACGACGAACCGGUCCCAGGACCCAAGUUCAGUGCUUCGGUAAAGGCAUUGUUGAAAGGAGACGUUGUGGAGACUUCACCGCAGCGAGAGACAAGCGCAAAGAGACUUAGUAUAGCAGCCAGAGACUUUGCAUCUGCGCGACCAGAAAGACACGUUCGGGUGGCUUCUCCGCAUGAUUCAUCAACAGGUAGUCCUGCUCCUCGGGUUGUUCGGGUCGGAUCUGUCAGGCUACCAUCAACGAAGCCUGAGAGCUCAAACUCGGAAGAACAGAGCUACAUGAAAGAUCUGAUUACACCAGCACCGCGAACACGCAGCGUUCGUAUCACUGGCUCAAGAAGUUCCACGCGUUCACCACUAUCAAACUCGCCAGGCCACAGGUCAACCAACGAUGAAGCUCUAAGCGGACAGAAUUCUGUAGAAGGUUUCAGCAAUGAGAGGCGAUCCAUGCUAGAAGAAGACCAUGCUCCUCGUUUGGGUCCUUCUUCAGUGUUGAGGGCCCGUGCUGGAGAGGAGCGUGUCGGCAGAUUGACUGGCACCUUUCUUAACGGGCCUGCUAGAAGAGGAGUACUGCGCAGGCAAAGUGAAGAAAUAGAGGAAAAUCUUCAGUCGGAAAGACAUACUCCUGACAGAGAGAUGCGGGAAGAAUCUCCUCGUAAUUCAAGAGAAGAAAAUGGAGCUUCCAGUCGCUUCGGCAGAAUGGCAUCUUCGCCAAAACUGUCAUGGAUAGAUUCCGACCCCCGGAUUUUGGAAAACCCAGCUCCGGCUGCGGCUCGUCCCAAUAUGGAUAUGCCCUUCUCUGGGCCAGCGUCGCCAAAGUCCUCUCGUUCUAGGUCUACGCCGGGUACAACUUCUGAAAGCUCUGAGAAGUCUGAAGUUGCAAACGAUCAGCCUCAGUAUCGAAUUCCGCCUCCAGCACUACCCUCUGCUCAAGACCAGGAAAAUGAUCCCCCACCAACUUUCAAAAGAGCGAAACCAACGGGGCUCAGUCUUCUGGAUAAGCCUGAAAAGUAUGCCGUCAUAUACGAUGAUGAUAAUAAUAAGGAACGCGAACUACCGCCAGCAACAGUAUCGCCUCGGAUACCGCUUACUUCUCGAAGCAGUAAUACUCCACGCAACACGGUUCAACCGCCUCCUAAGAUGUCUGUCUUGGAAACCGCUACAGCGACAGGAGGCGCAGCAACAACGACAUCGCAGUCCAGAAAGAAGAGGAGUCAAGUGACCAUUAAUCACAAAGCCUUCACUCGCAUGGAUUGCAUUGGACGUGGGGGUAGUUCCCGGGUGUACCGUGUCAUGGCCGAGAACUAUAAGAUAUUUGCUCUUAAGCGGGUGAAUUUGGAGGAUGUUGACCGUCUUACUUUGGCUGGUUACAAAGGAGAGAUUGAUUUGUUGAAGAGACUGGAAAAUGUUGAUCGAGUAGUACGGCUGUUCGAUUGGGAAAUCAACAUGGAAAAGCAUACUUUAAGCGUGCUUAUGGAGAUUGGAGAAUCAGAUUUGGAAAAAAUUUUGACUUAUCGACUAAAUGCGGAGGAUGCUGUUUUUGAUCCCAGUUUCACGCGAUUCUACUGGAAAGAAAUGUUGGAGUGCGUGCAGGCAGUUCACAAGUAUAACAUCGUCCACUCGGAUUUGAAACCGGCGAACUUCUUACUAGUUCAGGGACGACUGAAGCUUAUUGAUUUUGGUAUAGCCAAUGCGAUAUCGGAUGAUACUGUCAACGUGCAUCGGGAACAACAAGUUGGAACACCAAAUUACAUGUCACCAGAGGCGCUUAUCGAUUCAAACGCAGCAUCGGGAUUACCAGCCAGCGUCGGCAAAAUGAUGAAACUCGGCAAACCAAGUGAUGUGUGGAGUCUGGGUUGUAUAUUAUACAAAAUGGUUUAUGGACAACCACCAUUUGCACGAAUCGCCAAAUACUACGAGCGAAUUAUGGCUAUCCCCAACCCCAAGGUCCCAAUUGAGUUUCCGCAGUUCGCAAUUGGAGGUGUUACUGUUCCACCUGGGCUGCUACGAACCAUGAAACGUUGCCUCCAGCGGGACCAAACUCUUCGUCCCACAAUCGACGAAUUGCUCGGUGAUCGAGAUCCAUUCCUGUACCCUGAAGCGCAGCUUGAAGGUACCGUUCCCGUGACGCAGGAGAUGAUUGCUCGAAUUCUGACCAAUGUUGUGAAUCACUGUCGAGUUCGUGGUGUGCCCAAAGAGGAAGAACUAGCGGCAUGGCCAGCGGGAUUCUUUACCAAGAUCAAAGCUGCUGUUGAGGAGGAGCAUAAAUAGAUUUUUGUCUUAUGUGGUCUUUUGUUGACGCUGUCUGACUAUCCGACUUUUCUUUUUGGAUUCCCUUUCUCGUUCAAGCGUUGCAUUCUUUGGGAUUUCCUAAUCUCUGUUUCUCCUUUGGACUAUUCACUUUUUCUAUACGACAUACCUGGAAUGUUAGGCGUGGGACUUUUAUGGAUUGGGCUUUGGUUUUGGGUUAUUACAGCUUUACAGCUGUUACUCUCACUUUUUAUGAUUCGAUUCUAUGUCAAUAUUUGGGAAGCCGCUCGGCUAUAAACUGCUGUCAGCGUCUAUUGUCAACUCUAGUUUAAUAUGCAUGAUUAUGUCUAAUCAUGUUCGCCCCAGCUUUAGAUGGACUAUCUGAUAAGUAAUAAAGUAUCGGUU